AGUGAACAGCAGCUGGACUGUGCCUUGGAUUUGAUGAGGCGUCUUCCUCCCCAGCAGAUAGAGAAAAACCUCAGUGACCUGAUUGAUUUGGUUCCCAGCCUUUGUGAAGACCUCCUGUCCUCUGUGGACCAGCCUCUGAAGAUCGCUCGAGACAAAGUGGUCGGCAAGGACUACCUUCUCUGCGAUUACAACCGGGAUGGCGAUUCCUACAGGUCACCCUGGAGCAACAAAUACGACCCACCCUUGGAAGAUGGCGCCAUGCCUUCGGCUCGCCUGCGGAAGCUCGAGGUGGAGGCCAACAACGCCUUUGACCAGUAUAGAGACUUGUACGUUGACUCCCUUCUUUGGUGGGGCUUGGUGGGGUGGCUGGUUAAAGGGAGAGGGGCACAGCAGGAGGGACCUCCCCUGUUCAUUCUCUGAAACUUUUAGGGAGCG